CGGCGCGGUGACGUCAGACGUCGCCGUGGCGGCGGAGCCCGCCCGCUCCCAAGAUGGCGUCGCUGCUGCAGUCGGAGCGGGUGCUGUACCUGGUGCGCGGCGAGAAGGAGCUGCGGGCGCCGCUGCCGCAGCUGUACUUCUGCCGCUACUGCAGCGAGCUCCGCUCGCUCGAGUGCGUCUCACACGAGGUGGACUCUCACUACUGCCCCAGCUGCCUGGAAAACAUGCCUUCRGCUGAAGCCAAGCUGAARAAGAACAGGUGUGCCAACUGCUUUGACUGCCCCUGCUGCAUGCACACCCUUUCCACACGGGCCACCAGCAUCCCCGCACCGCUCCCCGAUGACCCGGCCAAGACCACCAUGAAGAAAGCCUAUUACCUGGCCUGUGGCUUCUGCCGCUGGACUUCCCGGGACGUUGGCAUGGCAGACAAGUCUGUUGCAAGCGGUGGCUGGCAGGAACCGGAAAAUCCUCACACACAGAGGAUUAACAAACUGGUUGAGUACUACCAGCAGCUGGCUCAGAAGGAGAAGAUCGAGCGGGACCGGAGGAAGCUGGUGCGACGCCGAAACUAUGUUCCCCUGGCCUUCUCGGACAAAUAUGGCCUAGGAACGAGGCUUCAGCGCCAGAGGCCCGGAGCUCCCAUCAGUGCCCUCGCUGGACUCUCCCUGAAAGAAGGAGAAGACCAGAAGGAGAUCAAGAUCGAGCCAGCUGAUGCAGUGGAGGAAGUGGAACCCCUUCCUGAGGAUUACUACACAAGACCAAUCAAUCUAACAGAAGUGACGACUCUGCGCCAGCGCCUGCUGCAGCCUGACUUCCAGCCCAUCUGCGCUUCCCAGCUCUACCCACGUCACAAGCACCUCCUGAUCAAACGCUCGCUGCGCUGCCGGAAAUGUGAACAUAACCUGAGCAAACCAGAAUUCAAUCCAACAUCUAUCAAAUUCAAGAUCCAGCUGGUUGCUGUUAACUACAUCCCUGAAGUGAGGAUCAUGUCUAUUCCCAACCUGCGCUACAUGAAGGAGAGCCAAGUCCUUCUGACUCUGACUAAUCCUGUGGAGAACGUCACACAUGUCACAUUGCUGGAGUGUGAGGAGGGAGACCCUGACAACAUCAACAGCACUGCCAAGGUGGCAGUUCCUCCCAAGGAGCUUAUUCUGGCUGGUAAAGAUGCUGCAGCAGAAUAUGAUGAGCUGGCAGAGCCUCAGGACUUCCAGGAUGACCCUGACGUUAUUGCCUUCAGAAAAGCCAAUAAGGUGGGAGUUUUCAUCAAGGUCACCCCACAGAAAGAAGAGGGCGAAGUGACCGUGAGUUUCAAGAUGAAGCACGAGUUCAAAAACCUCACUGCUCCCAUCCGGCCCAAUGAGGAAGGUGACCACACCUCUGAGGUGAUCUGGCUCACCCAUCACGUGGAGCUCAGCCUCGGCCCUGUGCUCCCSUAGUGGCUCCCAACGCUUGCUCCCGACGGCUGGAUGGACUGGCACCCUGAGAAAACACCUGGUGAAAGGUUCUGCCAGAGCUCCUUUGUGAUGUGUGGGUGUGCCACGGGCCCGGCCGGCCGCCAGGAGGGGGCUGAGGCUGCCGUGGUUUGGGCUGGCUUGUUCUCUCUCCCCUUGUCGUAGUCCCACUAACCACCACUCCACUUCCCCUCACUGCCACAAGCUAAAGUAACUUGCAGCAUGAGUUAGAGCACAAAGAAAGAUCUUCUUUUCUCCAGGUUUGCUCUGAAUUYGGCUUUAUCAGCAGGUAAUUAGGGCUGAAUUUGGAUUUAUCAAUGGAAAAGAACCCAUACUGU